AUGAUACACCUAUACAGGGUCAGAUCAGAUUUUGACCGAGACGAUGCACCUAUGACCCUUGUGUACGCGACGCCCAUUGGAGGGAUGAGCACUCUGACGGGGACAGGUGUGAACCUGAUAUUGGUUGGGAUGUGGAAGCCAACUGCCAAGCCCAUCAGCUUCAACACGUUCGGUUUCCCAGUGGCUAUUCUCUUCCUCUUGUGUCCCGUGUCUUUUGCCGAGAAGAUGGUGUUAUCUGUGUUUGGGUUUUUGAUUAUAUUAUGGAUGACAAGAAGAAUCACAUAUGACAUUCCGGGAUGGGGAGCUUUCUUCCAUGGCCUUGUUGGUGACGGAAGUGUCAGUGUUAUGGUGGCUGUAUUACUGUUCAUAAUCCCAAACAAGAAACAAGAGGGGGAGAAGCUAAUGGACUGGAAUGAAUGCAAGAAGUUACCUUGGAACCUUAUUUUGCUUCUUGGAGCUGGCUUUGCUUUAGCUGAUGGAGUCCAAUCUAGUGGCCUAGCAGAUGUGCUUUCCAGAGCCUUAGAUUUCUUGGAAGAUGUCCCAUUCUGGGCCAUUGCUCCUGCAGUUAGUCUAAUGAGUAGCAUUAUUACUGAGUUCAUCACAUCUAAUGAUGCCACUGCUACACUUGUUAUCCCACUUCUAUAUCACAUAGCCAAGACUAUGCAUGUGCAUCCUCUUCUUCUUAUGGUACCUGGUGCAGUGGCAUCUGAAUUUGCUUUCUUGCUUCCAACUUCAACUCCGUCAAAUGUAGUUGGAUUUGCCACUGGCCAUAUUGAAAUCCAAGACAUGCUCAAAAUUGGUGUGCCACUAAAGAUUGCUGGGAUAGCUGUGCUCUCAAUUUUGAUGCCAACUCUAGGUAAUUUAUUGUUUAUGAUCUGA